AUGGACAGCAUUUUCAAAGACCUCACAACCAUGGAAAUUGGUUUUGUUGUUGCCAACUUCCUGCGAAACACUAACCGUCCUCUACAAGCGAUCCAAUUAUGCGAGGAAUGCUUGAUGUUACUUUUGGAUAACUCACAGUUGCUUGACGACGACAAUUUCAAAUUUUUCUACUCUGAUAUCUUAAAAGAACUGCUCAAGGCAUACUGGGACAUCGUUGAUUUCAAAAAUGCCGAACGAUGCGUGCAGGAACUUCUUGUCAUGUCUCAAGACUCUGGUGACACACAAGAGGAAGGAGGGUGGAGGUUAACGCUGGCACGUUCGUAUCUAGCACAACAUAAAUUUGAAGAUGCAAAAGAAGGUUAUCUGAAAGCAUUGGAUAUCAUAAAAGUAAAUGGUGUCAGGGAAGAUGAAAGAAGAGCGUAUGAUGGUCUAGCAUUUUUGUCUGGUUUUAUUGGUGACAUUAAGAGCGAAAAGGAAUAUCUCGAGAAAUCGCUCCUACUCAUGAAAGAGACUGGCGACAAAAAGAGUGAAGCAGAAUGUUACAGCGCAUUAGGACGUUAUUUUUUGAGUGUCAACGACAAUCGAACGGCAAAUGAAUAUUUUCAGAAAGCACACGGAAUCAGGAUGGAAAUUGGCGGAAGAGAAGAAUUAGCGGCUGGUUACGAGGACCAAGCAGACUUUCAUUCCGCGUUGGGAGACCAUGAGAAGGCAGUGGAGUAUUGGGAGAAGAGACUAUCGAUCAUUUUAGAAAUUGGCAAUAGGAUUGAAAUAAUAGCAGUUUACCAUGAACUAGGAACGGAAUUCUGUAGUCUUGGUAAAUUUAUCAAGGCCGAGGAAUAUUUAGAGAGGGCACUCUUGUUAAGCAGCAUCAGUGAAUUGGAAUCUUUGAAGCACAACAUCCUUCUUGAACUUACGAAGGUGAAGUUUUCACUCUUAAAGACUCAGGAAGCACAUUCGUACCUAUUACAAAGCAUUGAAUUAUUUGAAAAGUAUCGAAAUUUCAAUAAACACAAUGAACAGUUGUCAAUACCUCUUUUGGAGUAUUAUCAAUUGUACAAGAAUUUCAGCAUCAUGCUAUUCUACACCGGAAGUCCCCGCGAGGCCUUUUCCGCGGAAGAACUGGGGCGAGCUAGAGCCUUAGCAGAUUUGAUUGCAGCCAAGUACUCUCCUGGAGUAAACCACAUCUCAGCAGAUUUGAAAUCACUGUCUGGGGUUGAAAAGCUCAUCAGUAACGAAAGUAACUGUACUUAUCUGUACCUUUCGUAUCAUGAGAGAAGCGUUCGUGCUGCGAUUUUGAAACCGGGUGAAGACACGUACUUCUCAGAGGCAGAAGAAGCUGAUAUCCCCACUUUGAUGGCCGAGCAUGUUGUUGAUUUGCAUGACCUUUUCAACAAAAGCUUCCGCAGCUUUGGAGUGUUACCCAGAGAGCUUUGUGAAGAUCGAUCACUGGAUGACACGGAUUAUCAUGAUGAGAGCUUAGCCCCUUUCCGAGGAAAUGAAACCGCAGACACCGACAGGGAUCUUCAAAUGUUUUACAAAUUGAUUAUUGCUCCUGUGGCCAAUUUACUCACAGGGCCUGAAAUCGUCAUUGUUCCCGAGCGGUCCAUGUUCCGAGUCCCAUUUGCAGCCUUGCGUGAAGAGACUGGCGAGAAAUUUCUAACAGAGAAGUUCAGGAUCCGUAUCGCCCCUUCUUUGAAAACUCUCAAGCUCAUUCAGGACAGUCCAGCGGACUAUCACAGUCACACCGGUACACUGAUAGUGGGCGAUCCGGAGGUUGGCGUGGUGCUCUACAAAGGAGCUCCCAAAGACAUCACAGCACUUCCUUGUGCAAGAAGGGAAGCAGAAAUGAUUGGACGACUGAUGGAUGUCCAGCCUUUGAUAGGAGAGCACGCAACUAAGCAGGCGGUACUCAACGGAAUAGACAGUGUGAGUCUAAUCCAUAUUGCCGCUCAUGGUAAUGCAGAAAGGGGACAAAUUGCCUUAGCUCCUAAUCGUAGAACUGAAAGCACUGGUAUUUCGCAAGAAGAAGACUACCUUAUGACCAUGGAGGAUAUUUCAAAAGUUCAACUGCGAGCUAAACUGGUGGUACUUAGCUGUUGUCACAGUGGCCGCGGUCAAAUCAACUGCGAAGGUGUGGUUGGAAUAGCUCGUGCGUUCCUUGGAUCCGGUGCUCGCUCGGUGUUAGUUUCACGGUGGGCCCUGGAGGACACAGCAACGGAGCAACUCAUGAACCAAUUCUACGCACACCUUGCUGAUGGAGAAAGUGCCAGUGAAUCUCUACACCAGGCCAUGAAGUGGAUGAGAAAUAACAGGUUCACCAAAGUUUCGCAGUGGGCUCCUUUUAUGCUGAUUGGAGAUGAUGUGAGAAUUGACCUCAAGAGUAAAGGUAAGUUUUAA